GUAAGGCCUGGAAAGUGCUUGCAGAAGACAAAGUCCUUUGGUUCCGGCUAUGUCAACAAGAAGGUUACAUGCCUGAUAGCCAAAUUUCUGAUUUUCCCUGCUGGAAAGGAACUCUCCAAGAAUGUCGGGAGAAGGAGCAGGUUUUAAGAACUAAUUGGAAGAAUCGCAUUGGCACUGUGAGUCAGUUGCAGUAUGAGCUUGGGAAAGUUCUGUGCGAUGUGCAUUCUUGUGAUGGAGUGGUCAUUGCUGGAUACACAUCAGGGGAUGUGAAGCUGUGGGACACUCGCACCUGGGACUACGCAGCCCCUGUCCUGGAACCGGAGCAUGGCUCGGCUGAACCUGGCCCUCGGCCACAUGCCUCCUUUGUGAGGAUAAACAGCUCCCUGGCUGUGGCUGCUUAUGAGGGUGGGUUAGUUAAAGUGUGGAGUCUGAUGUUGGGUUCUGAGCCAAUUCAUCACUUCCAGCACAACCAGAAGAUACAAGCUCUGGCUCUCUUAUCUGAAGGGACAGCUAUAGCAACUGCAUCAGCCUUCCAAGUCAGAGUGGAAAGUGCUAAUGACAGGGGAUACUGGGAGACCGUUGCAGAAUUUGAAAUCCAGAAACUGGUCAAGUCACUCAGCCUGGUGCCCUGUGUAGUGGACCGUCCUGUGGUGGUAGCAACUGCAGAAGAGGUCGUCUACCUUCUGAAGGCAGGAGAGCCAGCCAAAGUUUUGCAUUCUGUCUAUGGCCAGCCUGUCACAUGUCUUGAUGUCUCAGCCAAUGAAGUGGCAUUUGGAGUAAAAGGUUUUGGCUGGUUGCUCAAUGAAACCAACAAGAUCCUUCUCUACAGCUUGGAGACAGGACAGUGUGUGACACAGCUGGGCAGCUCCUUGGGUGACUUCACAUGUGUCAAUCUCCGGGACAGCCCUCCCUACAUGGUGGUAGCUGGAAAUAAAGACCGAAGGGUGCGGGUGUAUGACGUACGCAAAAGCAAGCCUGCCUGCUCAUUCUAUGGCCACCAACUAGGGGUCUCUGCUGUGCAGAUGGACGACUGGAAGAUUGUCAGCGGAGGAGAAGAAGGACUGGUCUGUGUGUGGGACCAGCGAAUGGGCACCAAACUCUGGGAAAUGCACGCCAGGCACCCGGUCCGCCACGUGUGGUUCAACACCCACAGUCUCAUCACGGCCAAUAUUCCAGAUGAGAAGGUACCCCGAGGUGCAUGCAUCACAGACGAUGACUUGACAGCGCAUCGAAGACAUCGGGGAAUCAUCUACGCCUACAAAUUCUCUGUGGACCAGUUGGCUGCGGAGAGCGUCCUUCCUAUUUGUCGCUCCUCUUACAACGAAACAACUGGUUACAACUACAACAUUGGCCUGGCCGUCCCCUAUGACAACAUCUAAGAAGCUCAAUGGCAAGAGGAUGCUGGACAAGGGCAACCAGUUUGUAUUGGAAAGGUCAGGUCUCCGUACCUAGAAGCACUGAGCGGCUGCAUCCCUGAUGCUGGACCACUGAAAAGGGAAUACUGCAACAAGCACCCAGAUGUUUUCCUCAGAAGCAUUUCAGUGCCGUGGUUCAGAAAAGGAGAAUGAAGUCUUGCUGCAUCGGGCAGGCACUGGUGCAAGGUAUUGCACAGUGGGACUGGCGAAGAGGUGAUGCUCGCCACAGUAACCUUAGUGAGAAGGAGGAGUAUUGGAUGGGAAUUGGUCCAUCAGUAAUGUGAGUGGACAGGGAAGCUGGACCUUGUAGCUUUUUUUCAUGGUCCACAGAAGGGUCCUAAGAGUAGUGAAGAAGGAGAACAGAAGCUGGAGAGAGACUAGAAAAAAUGGAAAACAAAAUGAACAUGACUUGAAUAUCUUCACUAUGACCCUUCAGACGUGGCACAGUGCAGACUCUGUGACACAUAGUUGUGAAGAGUAUUACCUGCUGGACAGAUUUACAUGAAAAAUGUCUUUUUUAAGAGGAAUGUGCUGUUUGUUACGUUGUCAGUGGCACUCUUGCAGAUUUUCAGCAGGAAUGUAGGCUGCUUGACUGCUCCUUGUGCAUUUUAUGUUCUCAUUUUAAGAAAAUCCAAACUGCUUGCUAAGCCCACCAGAGGCUGAGCCAAGUGGAUCCAGGGGUUGUUCUCACUACCAUACACUCCGAAGCCUGAUUUUAGGGAUAUGCCUCUAGUUCCCACUGGAAAUCAAUUCUUAUGCUCAUUGGAUAGAUUCCAGAGAAAAUAAAACAGCAAACGCAAAAAGCCCAAGUUUUUUUCUUAGCAGUUAUUUUGAGGUUCUUUUGAGAAGAAUUGGUUCUGACACGAUUCCUAACAGUGGGAACUCCAGAUCAGAAUCUAUUCUUUCUGAGGGGAGGAACAAAUGGCAGAGGGGUGAUGUUUUGAGAGAGCAACCAUUUCCCCCCUUGCAGUGCUGCCUGUGUACAGCUGUUUUUUUUAAUUAAAUUGAUAGAAUACGUGAUUGAUUGAUAGAAUAUGUGACUGAUUGAAUAUGUGAUUUAUUGAUUGGUAGAAUAUGUGAUUAGUAGAAUAUGUGAAUAUGUGAUUGAUAGUAUAUGUGACUGAUUGAAUAUGUGGUCAUUAGAAUAUGUGAAUAUAUGAUCGAUAGCAUAUUGUAUAUGUGAAUGGUAGAAUAUGUGAAUACUUGAUAGAAUAUAUGAAUAUGUGACUGUUAGAAUAUGCGGUUGAUAGAAUAUAUGAAUAUAUGAUUGAUAAGAAUAUGUGAAUGGUAGAAUAUGUGAGUAUUUGAAUGGUAGAAUAUGGAGUUGGUAGAAUAUGUCAUUAUGUGAUGGAUAGAAUAUGCCGAUAGGACAGGAUAGGAUGGCAUAGGACAGGAGAAUAUGUGAAUGAUAGACUAUGUGAUUGACUGAUUGAUAGAAUAUGCAUUGUUUGAGUAGCUGCAAGAUCAGUCAGUCACAUAGUCUAUAUUUUAUUUUUAAAAAACCAACAUUGUCCUCCCCUUUUUUCUCCUCCUCCUCUGUCCCCCCGGUGCCUGCCUUCCUUCCCUCCCUGGGGCCUGCUUGCUGUCUCAGGCCCUGGUGCUCCCUGGCUGGCUUCCCCCAUCCCUGACUUGAAGCACUACAAUUGGGGACCAAAAAAGAAAAAAAGAAAAUCGAUUCAAGUGGCAUAAAAAAGAUCCCCUUUUAUAGUGAGAACGAGGGAUCUUUUGAAAUCAGUUACAGACAUGGAGCAGAUCCGAAUCACAACCUGUGUUGUUCUGCCAGUGGGAAUGAGCCCCUACUUUUCUGUUUCUACUCAUCUUCUCUUCUUGCCUUGACAUCUGGGAAUCUCACUUUCUAGAAGUUAAACAGUUGCUAGAAGAGUAUUUCUUAAUUUCUGUUGUAACCCUGCUAAUAAAUUCCGUCAAUCAGCAGGUUGUGUCCAAGAA